AUGGGUUCUGCAUUCCUCACCAAUAUGGCCGCCUCCUCUGCGGCCUCGCGCCCUGGGCAGAUUCCCGAAGCACCAGAGGAGGCAGACAGCAGUUGUGGUGCGUCAGUGGGGUCUGGGCCCUGGCAUGAUCCUCGUAUAACCCCAGCUCUUGUUGAACUUAUCCCGCAGCGACUGUAUGAUGAGGGACAAGAGAUGGGCCCUAUCUCCCCGGCAUUGUAUGCCGAACUGGUUCAUGUGGGUAACGAAGCUGAUCUGGUAGUGCGGAAAAACGAUGCAUACUACGCAGAAGGAGCUUUUCAAGAUGUCCUAAGGGGCUACCGGGUGGGGACAAAUGGCCUGGAUCCCAUCGUAGGGGGGUUAAUGUUGAGAGAUUUGGCUCGGUAUAGGAGGGAAACUUUCGGGUUGGAAGGGGAGACAGAAGAAAGCCCUUACACCACAGAUUCCUCACAUACCUUGCCGGAAGUCCGUGCCCUCUCAACCCUUGCGCUCCAGCGCCACACCAGUCCGUCGCCCGAUAGAGUGCCAGCGGUGCAGCUGAACCCUUCCAUAUUGCUGUGCCUGGAGGAUGUCGAAGACAGUGUUGCCGUUUUCCAUAGACCACUCGGCUCGGGGGCAAGCUCGCCCUUUGAUGUUCCCGAGGAGGUGGAGCAACUUACGCACCUGCUGAAAGUUGAUCUGUAUACCCAAGAUGUCGAAGGGAAGCUUGAAGCACUCAACGGGGCCCCUCUUGAGACUGCCUACAAUGUCUCCCCUGCAGAGAUUCGAAGGUUCAGUGAUCGCUGGAAGGCUUCGAUGGUGGACGAGUUUAACUCGCUGAUAGAGAAGGGGGCAAUAAAGAGAGUCUUUGGGGAAGAAGCUGCCAGGCUGAAGAGAGACCCUUCGUCAAAGGUGCUGCAUACCAAAACUGUGUGUGUUGCAAAGCCGGGGAAGGCGGGUGAACCGUUUCGUAGAAAAACCCGGAUUGUGGCUUGCGGGUGCGAAAGUGAAUACACGGAUGAGUCGAACUUGUACGCCUCCGGAGUAGUCGCCGACUCGUUGAGGUCGAGCCUGGUCAAGGCUGCCACGGAGUCGUGGCAGGCUCAUGCCACGGACAUUCACACUGCUUUUUUGUUGGCGCCCCUUGGCCAGGCAGCUCACCAAAGACAGUACAUCCUUCAGCCGGCGCAGGUCUUGGUAGACUUAGGCAUCGCACAAGAGCAUGAAUGCUGGACCAUAGACCGUGCCAUUUAUGGCCUCCGGGAAUCGCCACGGUGGUGGACCGUUUUUCGGAACCAGUCACUCCUGAAGGAAACCAUACGGUCCCUCAAUCCGGAACCCAUGGGCGAUCAGCCACCUGAUGCCUCGACCCAGGAGGAGUACGAUCUGCAGCAAGGGCUUGUGGACGACAAUAUCUUCAAGAUCAGACGUCGUAGCGACAACAAGCAUGUUGGGCUGUUAGUGUUGUAUGUAGAUGAUUUCUUGAUCCUGAGUGACACCAACGUCGCGCAAGCCAUUCACGCCCAUUUGCAGAAUGUCCUGAAGUGGGAAUGUGACCCACUGUCGACCGCCACUCCUGACCGCCCCUUGCGAUUCCUGGGGGUCAACAUCCGACCUCUCCCAGAUGAUGGGACAAGUGGCCCAGGAUUCUCUUUGGAACAAGAAGCCUACAUAGAAGAAGUGCUGCGGGGUCAUGGGUUCACUGGUCCGGGAAGCCGAGUGGCCUGCAGCAAAGAGCUGCUGUGUGAAGCCUUUGAAGAGAACCCAAACCAGCAGGACAUCCGGGACGCCCAGAAGGCUACCGGAGAGGCCCUAUGGGUCUCCCAACGCUCGAGACCAGACAUAUCUUUUGUCGUAAACUACAUGUCCUCCAUGUCCACCAGAGCUCCGAAGCAAGUUCUGCUGGUGGCUGAGCGCCUUUUCCGAUACCUGCAUCAGACUAGGAACCACCGGCUUGAACUUCGAGCGACCACAGGGAGCGAAGACCUAAUCGAGGUCUUUACGGAUGCAUCAUUCGCACCGUACGGCUCGAGCAGUUAUGGCGGAAUCCUCAUACGCCUCAACGGUGCUCCAUGCAUGUGGCGAGCUGGUCGCCUUCCCCUGAUCGCCGUGUCAACGGCGGAAGCUGAGCUCCAAGCACUCAGCGAGGGCGCCAUUUUCGGGCAGUCAUUCCAAGCAGCUCUCCAGGACAUCACUGACCGACCAGCAGAGAUUGUUCUGCGCUGCGACAGCACCGCCGCUAUAGCCCUUGCCCAGGGAAGCUCAAGUCAGAGGACACGACAUCUGAAGGUGCGGGCAGCAGCUCUGUACCAACAGCUACAGUCAUCGAUGAUGAGGCUGGAGCAUUGUCCAGGCGAUACCCAACUUGCCGACUUAUUCACCAAAUCCCUUCCAGGUCCCCGCUUGAGCGAACUUGCUGGACUUGUGGGACUGACCGAAACAAGGACACCAGAGUCACCGGCAUCAUCUCCGCAAGCCAAUGCUGUUGCAAGUCAAGAGGCCAAUGGAAGUGAGGAGGAGCCCGUAGGGAUUUCAGAUGACACAUAUCUCUAUGUGGCAUUGCUCAUCUUCAUCAUAGCUGUACUUGGGGUUUGGGAGGGUUUGAAGGCCACCCGGGCCUGUUGCAGCAGACAAGGGGAGGAUGGGCGACCACAGUUGAGAGCCUUGUCCAAGAGGGAGAAGCUCCGGCAAGCCGUGUCUGAAGCGAUUGAACGUGAGAUCCCCUCCACUGUCACCUCGCCUUCCACACCCGCUACGGAAGGACUCCGGAGACGGAGAUCAAGUGAGUCCUCCUCACCUCCGCCACCUCCCUUGCCUGUCGCGCGGGAAUAUCAUGGCAUCUUUGUUCCUCCUCCGCCGCCGCCCAUCAUCCAUGUGCAUGCUCCGUCGCCUGCCGCUUCCAUUGCGCCGGAACCCGUGCGUGGCACCUUCCGUGAGGUUGCCUCCGGCUCGUCGUCAACGACUUCCGACCUCGAGGAUGUGUCGGCUCAGCAGUGGCAACGACAUGUCCACUAA